AUGUGGACUCUGAAUGUAGCUAUCCUUGGCUUCUUGCACCUGGGGGUGGCCUUGGGCAACAAGCUAUGGACGACGAACCUUCGGCAGAUGGCCUUUGCCACCUCGGGCUCCAGGCUGCCCCUGGGCAACCUGACGCUGCAGCUGAAGGCCGAAUCCUUCGUCAAUUCUAGCACCGAUGUUGGCGAAAUCGGUGGCAUCCGGUUGAUGACGGCUCGAGGGGUCUGCAUCAGCUGCACUACACCCUUGAGAUGCUCGUCGCUCGAUGAGCCAGUGAAGGGGAUGAGUGUGGCGAAAGCGUGCAACCCGCAGCCCAAGCCGGGCGACAUGUUUAGCUGGAAAGUGGACCAAACGUCCGGCUAUGACAUUCGGGUAGACUUUCCAUUGGAGAAGCUCAAUGGCCAACUCGACUUCGUGGUGGAGAUCCUCUCCGCAUUGGACCUUUCAGGAGCCAAUAACGAGCUGAAGAAGGGUCGGCAGGUAACGAAUUGGAUCACAACUUUGACUAUCGGAACAGAGGAUCACGCAGCCUGGAUGAAGGUUGCAGUGAACAUGAAUGGCGACUUCAAGAAGGUGGUAGUGGGACGGCAAGCUGCUGAGUUUGCGGCCUCGGCGAAGGACAUUUAUGCUGGCGAAUGCAUGAGGCCAAAGGACAUCAGCGGCUAUCAUGUGACAGAACUCAGCAUGGCGCGGACGCAGCUUAACGUCUUGGCCCAGUGCGCUGCUAAAUACAAAGGUUCGGCAAAGGUGACGGGCUGCCAGUCCCAUGGCGACCCUUACGCGCUGUCCGGCUGCGAACCGGAGGUGUGUGUUGCACCUAGCACCCUCACCGGCUAUGUGGUCAAAUCUGUGGACUUGAAGCGGCCCUUCUUCGCAGCGAAUGUUCUGUGCGACAAUGACAACGGCUACCAUGGCACGGCUAUUGCAGAGCACAUCAACUACAACCACGAGCACCACUACGUCUACAACGACCAUCACGAAAACAAGCACUACAACCACGACCACGUCAACAUCUACCACAACAGUGACCACGACGAGCACUACAACCACAUCAACCACCACAAGUACCACAACAACAACAACCAUCACCAGUACAACUACCACUACAUCCACAAUCACAUCCACAAUCACGACAACCACUACCACUUCCACAACCACAUCAACAACUACCAAAACAACAACCACAACCACCACAACAAGCACAUCAACUACGACCACCACUACUUCGACAUCUACCACGACAACCACUACAUCCACAACGACCGCUACGACGACGACUACAAUCACCACCACCACGACAUCCACGGUCACGACGACCACCACAACCACCACGUCGACCACUACUACAACUACGAGCACGUCAACAUUCACGACCACUACAACCAUGACCACGACUUCCACUACGACGACCACAACGGUGUUGGUGUGUACAGCACCGCCUGCUAUCUGGUCACUGAACAUCAGUUGCAACAGGAAGAGUUCAAGGUCACAGUUGCCUGUUCGGACGAGUACAUCGGCACCGCCUCUGUCGUUGCCUGCACAAAAGCAGACACUGUCUACAAGCUGAGUGGUUGUGAGAAGAAGGUCUUCUGCCGAGCCUCGACCAAGCAAGGUUACGAUGUCGACGAGAGGAGUCUUGUUGUGCAGUCCUUCGAUGUGACAGCGAAGUGCGCAGCCGGCUUUACUGGGUCAGCCAAGGUCGAAGCAUGCUCCAAGACGGACGACACGUACACCCUCAGUGGCUGCCAGCCCUUCCGCCACUGCGUCGCACCGGCAUCAACCAAUGGCUACACAAUCGAAGAGACAAGCUUGCGAAUCAGCACUUUCGACGUGAAGGUCACGUGCGCGGCAGGCUACACAGGGACUGCCGCAGUACAAGCCUGUACUUCUGACGGGGACACCUACUCGCUGUCCGGCUGUGAUUUGGAUCCCGUUUGUGUUGCUCCCGCGGGUCUCGAAGCAUACAGUGUGACCGAGUCCGACCUUCACAAAAGCUCCUUUGACGUCAGUGCUGCCUGUGCAAAGGGCUAUGUCGGACAGGCAAAGGUGACCUCUUGCACGAACGACGGAGAAAGCUACGAGAUCACUGGGUGUAAGUUGGACCCAGUGUGCUUGGCUCCGGAGGAUGCAACAGGCUACGUGGUCACGGAGACACAUCUCAGUCUUAGCAAGUUCGAUGUGCAAGUAGAGUGUGCGGUCGGGUUUGAGGGAAAAGCAUCAGCAGAGCCGUGCACAUCAGAUGGUGAUCGCUUCACACUCUCCGGCUGUGAGAAGACAGUGGUAUGCAUUGCUCCGUCUGACUCGACAGGCUAUGCUGUCUCGGAGAUUGAUCUCAAAGCGGAAAGUUUCGAUGUGAAAGCAGAAUGUGCUGCUGGUUAUGUGGGCACUGCAGCCGUAGCAGCAUGCUCCUCAGAUGCCGAAGAGUACGUGCUAUCAGGCUGCGAGAAGGACAAGAUAUGCAGUGCGCCUGCGGACGCAGCAGGCUACGAUGUCACAGAGACCGUUCUUUCAGGAAGCAAGUUUGAGGUGGCAGCAGCCUGUGCUGCUGGUUAUUUGGGCACUGCAGUCGUUGAUGCAUGUGCUGAGGAUGGAGCAGCAUACAGCUUGUCUGGAUGCGAGAAAGACAAGAUGUGCACUGCUCCUGCGGAUGCGACAGGCUAUAAGGUUACGGAAGCACAUCUUGCAGGAAGCAAGUUUGACGUUACGGCAGAAUGCGCAAAUGGCUAUGUCGGAACUGCCGUUGUUACAGCCUGCACUGCGGAUGCAGAGGCGUACACAUUGUCGGGAUGUGACAGGGACAAUAUCUGCUCUGCUCCGGCCGAUGCUACCGGUUAUGCUUUAACGGAAGCCGUUCUGCAGGCAAGCAAGUUUGAUGUGACAGUGCAAUGUGCCGUGGGCUACGCGGGCACAGCCACUGUGACUGCAUGCUCCGCGGACGGAGAAGCGUACACCUUGUCCGGUUGUGAGAAGAUCAAGACCUGCAGUGCUCCUGCAGAUGCAACAGGCUACGAUGUCACAGAAACUGUGCUUACCCAGAGUGACUUUGAUGUGUCAGCAGCCUGUGCUGCUGGUUAUUUGGGCACUGCAGUCGUUGAUGCAUGUGCUGAGGAUGGAGCAGCAUACAGCUUGUCUGGAUGCGAGAAAGACAAGAUGUGCACUGCUCCUGCGGAUGCGACAGGCUAUAAAGUUACGGAAGCACAUCUUGCAGGAAGCAAGUUCGACGUGACGGCAGAAUGUGCAAAUGGCUAUGUCGGAACUGCCGUUGUUACAGCCUGCACUGCGGAUGCAGAGGCGUACGCAUUGUCGGGAUGUGACAGGGACAACAUCUGCUCUGCUCCGGCCGAUGCUACCGGUUAUGCUUUAACGGAAGCCGUUCUGCAGGCAAGCAAGUUUGAUGUGACUGUGCAGUGCGCGUCCGGCUAUGUAGGCACUGCUCUCGUGACGGCAUGCUCCUCGGAUGGAGAAGCAUACACUUUGUCCGGGUGUGAGAAGGAGAAGAUGUGCACCGCUCCUGCAGAUGCGACAGGCUACGAUGUCACAGAAACGGCGCUUUCCGAAAGCAAAUUUGAUGUGACCGUAGAAUGUUCAUCCGGCUAUGUCGGAAAUGGCGUCGUGGCAGCAUGCUCUGCUGAUGCAGAGCCAUACGUGCUGUCCGGCUGCGAGAAGGACAAGCUCUGCAGUGCUCCUGCAGAUGCGACAGGCUACAUCGUCACCGAAAACGCUCUCUCAGAGAGCAAAUUCGAUGUGACAGCAGAAUGUGCAGAUGGAUAUUUUGGCACAGCCGCGGUGGCAGCUUGCUCUUCAGAUGGAAGUCCAUACACUCUGUCUGGCUGCGAGAAGGAAAAGAUGUGCACUGCUCCUGCGGAUGCUACGGGCUAUUCAGUCACAGAAGCCCAUCUUGCAGCCAGCAAGUUCGACGUGACGGCAGAAUGUGCCAAGGGAUAUGUGGGAUCAGCCGCGGUGACAGUUUGCUCUGCGAAUGCAGAUGCAUACACUUUAUCCGGCUGUGCGAAGCCUAUGACAUGUGUCGCAGUUCAAGAUGCUACAGCCUACAAGAUCACAGAAACCUCCCUGUCAACGAGCAACUUCGAUGUAAGUGCCGAGUGCGCUGAGGGCUAUGUGGGAACAGCGAGUGUAUCUCCCUGCUCCAACGACGGAGAACCGUAUGUAGUCGACGGCUGUUCCAAGAAGCGUUGA